AUGAAAUCCGAUGGUCUAGAACACAAUCUGUACCCUACAGAGGGUGCAAUCGGGAUGAAGGUGCUAUCUGAUCCCUCGAAUGCUGACCUGGACAUUGUUUUCGUUCAUGGAUUGACAGGCAACCGUGAGAAAACAUGGACACAUGAAAACGGAACCCUAUGGCCCCGAGAUCUUCUUUCGAAAGACUUGUCCACGGCACGGAUCAUGACCUUUGGCUACGAUAUCGACAUAUUCAGUUUCACCUCGAUUACCUUCUCAGACCGACUCUGCGACCACAGCCAGUCCCUAGCCUACGCUAUAGUCAGUCAGCGAAUCGACUGCUCAAGCAGACCCAUCCUAUUUAUUGCCCACAGCCUAGGCGGCUUGGUUUGCCAACAGGCCUUGAUCCUCAGUAACUCCAUAGACGGACUAUGGGCGAUCUCAUCAAGCGCUAUUGGCAUAAUCUUUAUGGGAACGCCGCAAUGCGGGUCUUCGCUCGCUUCGUACCGGGAGAAACUCGCGAAGGGAAUGAACAUAGUCCACACCGCAGACAGAGAUAUGGUCGGGGCUCUUCAUUUGGGUUCAAACAGUGUACAACUGGCUGGAGAUGAGUUCCAGGCUAUGCUCCGUCGCGGCGAUCUCACCCUCAAGGUUUUCUGUUUCUACGAAGCGAAGAGCAUGAAUAACAUAGUGGGAAAGAUCGUUGAAGAGCACUCGGCUGUUCUGCAGGGCUCUGAGAGCGGCAGGAUCAAUGCGGAUCAUUACAACAUGACCAAGUUCGGUAGUCAUACAGAUGGUGGCUAUGGGCUUGUUCGAUCGAUCAUUACCGGAUGGCUUCAUGAGUCCGGUGGUGGUGAUAAUGUUGUAGACAAGACGGCCAUGUCCGCGUCUAUCUCUGGAAACCCUGCUUGGUUGGGGUCUUGGGCUCCAGGGCACUUUUGCUUUAAUGGGGCUGCAAAUUUGCAAAACUUCACUCAGGGACAUUAUACGCAUGGCGAGACCUUUGCUUUCGACUGA